AUGGCGGACGCGGAUGACAACAACAAAACGGGUUCGCCGUCGUCCUCCUACCCGCCGGGCGGCGGCCAGACCUCGCAGGCCGGCGGCUCCCACUUCUUCGCGCGCGGCUCAGGCAUUCGACAGGCCGCCUCCCUGCCCACCACCUCGCCGCUCGGCUUCCUCCGCUCGGCCGGCAAGGCCUCGGCGUCGACCUCUUCGGUCAAGCCCAGCGCGGCCCAGCGCAUGGCCGGCAUCGAGUCCGAGCGCGGCAUGCGCCCGCCGGCGGCGGUCGAGGUGCGCGACAUGGCGGCUGCGGGCGUGCGCAACAGCAGCCGGGUGCUGCGGAGAGUCGAGAGCGAGAAGACGAUGGCGGUGGACGACGACGAUGGCGUGGGCUCACUGCAAUCGAGUUCCUCCUCGACCGAUCUGGGCUACGACGACGACAUGGUAGGGCGGCGGAGCGUGGAUGCGCAGAUGGCCCGUAACAUGCUCGAUACCCAGCUCCACGACCAGUUUCACACACAGAAAAAGAACUCUCUGGCCUACAUCUCCUUCUUCAAGAACGCCCAGAAGUACUCGGAUUCCCUUCAAGAGUCGGCGGAGUAUGGCGCCGAGAUGUCGCAAGCGAUGAUCAAAAUGACCAAGACUGCUCCCAACUCCGAAGAAGACUCCGAGAUCAUCGAAUCUAUGGCGGUGAGCUGGGGCGGCAUGAUGCAACUCCAGCAGCAUUGCUUGCGGCCAUUGUUCACCGAAGACGAGUUUGCAGAGAAGUUCCAGCUGUACGAGGGCGUGGCUGAAGUAGUGUCACUGGAGAAGGAGUACAAGAAGCAGCAUGCGGUGUACACGCAGCGGCUGAAGAGGUACGAGAAGUCUAUUCGCAAGGAGCGAACUAAGAAGGCCAAACAGAACAGCGCCACCCUCGUCUCGGAUAGCAUCGACAUGCAACUUCUGCAGACGUCGUUCGACGAAUGGCGAACACAGAUGAUGGAGGACCUCACGGACAUGGAGCGGGUGAGGCAGGCGCGGUUUGCGUGUCUCUUCUGGCAGAACCUGGAGCGCCAGCUGGAGCACUACCGCACCUUCAUCUCCCUCCUCGAGAAGGAGAAGAACAGCUGGGAAGCCCGCUACCGGGCAGUCGCCUCCACCACCCCUCCUGCCCCCGCCCCCGCCCCCGCCCCCUCCCUCGCCGCAACCACCACCACCAAUACCGACGCCACUCCCCUCCCCGCUCCACUCCGGCAGCGAGGUCACCCGCUCCGCCACCUCCCCGCCCCACCCGAAAGGGGACCGGAUCCGUUCGUGGAGGAGGUGGACCACCUGCUGCAGGGCGAGUUGGACGAGAGGCAGCGGAAGGUGACCAUCUCGGCCGCGGUAGCGCAGCACAAGAUCAAGCGGCCCAACUCCAAGCGGCAGAGCACCAUCGCCCUGGCCUCUCAACUCCUCGACUGGUGUUUCCAGACGGAUGCUUCGAUGACGGCGAUGCCGAUCACGCGGAAGACCACGGCCUCCGAAGGGGGCACCAACAACGAAAACGAAAACGACAACUACAGAGAUAACGAAAACGACAACGGCUCGCACGUUGACAACGACCACGAUUUCGAGAAGGAGGAGCAGAACAACGACGACGAUGACGACAAGCAGCCCAACAAUAACAAUAACAACAAUCACACCAAUCACGACAGCAACAAGCUCAAUCCCAACAACGCCGAGAGCGAAGGCGAGCCGCCGCUCGAGCGACAGCGCCUCCACAGCGCGGCCGACAUCCUCGAUUCCAUCUUCGCCGUCGACCCGCCCGCCCACGCCCCGACCACGCCGGCGUCGACCGCCGCCGGCAGCAGCCCGGCCCUACAGGCCUCGAUCGGCGGCAGUGGUCUGGCCACGCAGUACCGGCCGUCCAUCAGCGGCAACAAGAGCCAGCGGGUGUCGAUCGGCUGCCGCCGGCGCUCGCCCUCGCCAGCCGCGGCCGAGAGCAACGACAGCGGCCCUGGAGAAGGGGGGUCAAUUCCAGACAAGGGCGCCGAGCGGGGCCAUAGCAGCUGA